AUGAUGCGUCGAGUGCCCAUCACCGUCAGCUUCGACGCGCUGGACACUCUUAUUCAGAUAACGCGUGGAUUGGGCUACCAGUACCGCAGCUCGUACGCAUCCUUUCUGCUGGCGCACGGUAUUGACCUUGACGCAACCUGCCCAAACGCCACGUGUGAGGCGGUGCAGGAACUCGCGCUGAAGGCGAUCCGUGACCAAGUGCGUGCGGAGCGUGCAGCAUGGACUCGCUCUGCCAACCCAAAGGAGAUGCCCAUUGGCGGUGACACAGAUGAGGAACUGCGCUCUUUCUGGGCCCGCGUUCUGAGGCAAACCUAUACAUGCGCGACGCUGUAUGACGGCGCUGCCGCUGAUGUGGUGCAGCGCAUCGAGGAGCUGUGGGGCGACCACCACAACGAAGUGCGCUGCUUUGAAGACUACGUGCUGUUUGAUCAGUUCAGCUCCACCAAGGCCCACAGCUGGUGCCCGGAAGGACUCCGCACAUUGCAGUGCCUGCGUAAAUGGAACCAAGUACAGAUGAGCUGUGACGAGAGUGCUGUGCGGCCAGGCCUCGCAGACACGAAGCCAGCGUCUGACUUGGACGUGUUUUCUCCUUCCUCUGCCGCAGCGUCUCCGGUUCUCUUCCUGGCUGCACCGCCAUUCGUGGUUUCCAACAUGGAUCCUCGUAUACGGGGCGUGUUCAUGCAGCUGGGUGCGUUCGAGGCCGGUGAAAGCGGUGAGCCGCCACUGCUUUCGCGGAUUAUCUCGGCUCGGGACACGGGCUACGCAAAGCCGUCGCCCGCAGGCAUCCUGACCGGUGUGCGCGACAUUGCCGCGUCCUACCGCGCCGCGUGUCAAAGCUGCGGUGCGUGUGAUGCGGGUGUCGAUGUGCAUCGGCAUGUGCACGUAGGCGACGCCGAUGCCGAUCGCGUUGCAUGCGAGCGCGCGGGAUGCCAUUUCGUGCAGUGCGACCCCGCCACGGGCGUGACGUGGGGGUUGCUGCAGGCGAAGCUACAGGAGCUGGAGGCACUCUACGGAUCUGCGCCCCUCCCGCAUUGA